AUUAUAAUUUUGUGGUGACUAUAGGUAUGUUGUGAAAUGGUAUGCUCGUUGAACCAAAAAAAAUCUAAGCCUGAUAAAUAUUCCCAAGCCCCAACUUGUAAUCGUAAUAAGUAGAUACACACAGGGGUAAAUAUGGAAUUUAGAAAAAAGCGCCUGAACUUUAAUCGGAAUCCUCUAAAACCCUAAAAGCGCCAAGCUUUCACUCUCCUCCUCCUAAGCUUCGAUUCUGGAGCUCACUCUUUCUUCAAUGGCGUUAACCAGCAACAAAGUCCCUUCUUUACGCCUUAUACCCACCACCGGAACACUCUUAAACCCAUCAAAAUCGCUCUCGCUUCCCAGAGUUUCGUUCUCUCUCUCUUCCGCUGCUUCUCACAAGCUCACGACUUCAAGAAAGGUGAUAGCAAUGGCAGUGGAAGGUUCGAGAGAUUUGGAGAUGUCGAACUUAACGGCGUUAUCUCCUUUGGACGGACGUUACUGGGGGAAAGUUAAGGACUUGGCUUCUUCUAUGAGCGAGUUUGGUUUGAUUUACUUCAGAGUACUUGUUGAGAUUAAAUGGCUUAUUAAGCUUUCAAAGAUUCCUGAAGUCUCUGAAGUUCCAAGCUUUAGUAAAGAAGCUGAGGUUUACUUGCAAGGGAUCAUCGAUGGGUUUAGUAUGGAUGAUGCGUUGGAAGUUAAGAAGAUUGAGAGAGUAACGAAUCAUGACGUGAAGGCUGUUGAGUAUUUCUUGAAACAAAAGUGUGAAUCUCAUCCAGAGAUUGCUAAGGUUCUUGAGUUUUUUCAUUUUGCUUGCACGUCUGAGGACAUCAACAAUCUAUCACAUGGUUUGAUGCUUCAAGAAGCACUUAGCUCGGUUGUACUUCCAGCCAUGGAUGACCUGAUCAAGUCAAUCUCUCUGAUGGCUAAGGAGUUUGCAUAUGUCCCCAUGCUUUCAAGAACUCAUGGCCAGCCAGCUUCACCUACAACUCUAGGGAAAGAAAUGGCGAUAUUCGCUGUGAGGUUAAGCGAAGAGAGAAGAUAUCUUUCAGAAACUAAGAUCAAGGGCAAAUUUGCUGGUGCUGUUGGGAACUACAACGCUCAUAUUUCAGCAUAUCCUAAUAUCGACUGGCCUCAUGUUGCACAGGAGUUUGUUACUUCUCUCGGAUUAACCUUUAACCCAUACGUCACUCAGAUUGAGCCUCAUGACUAUAUGGCUAGACUAUUUAACACGAUCAGCCAGUUCAACAAUGUUUUAAUUGAUUUCGACAGAGAUAUAUGGAGCUACAUAUCUCUAGGUUACUUUAAGCAGAUAACUAAAGCUGGUGAGAUUGGAUCAUCGACAAUGCCUCACAAAGUGAACCCUAUUGACUUUGAGAACAGUGAAGGGAACCUAGGUAAAGCUAACGCAGAGCUUACUUUCCUCAGCAUGAAGCUUCCCAUUUCACGAAUGCAGCGUGACUUAACCGAUUCGACUGUAUUGAGAAACAUGGGUGGAGCUUUAGGACACUCUCUUCUUGCUUACAAGAGCGCCAUACAGGGAAUCAGGAAGCUUCAGGUUAAUGAAGCUCGGUUAAAAGAAGAUUUGGAUCAGACUUGGGAAGUUCUCGCUGAACCCAUACAAACUGUGAUGAGGAGAUAUGGAGUUCCGGAGCCGUAUGAGAAGCUGAAGGAGCUGACAAGAGGAAGAGCUGUGAAUGAAGAAAGUAUAAGAGAGUUUAUAAAAGGUUUGGAUUUGCCUGCAGAAGCGAAAUCUCAACUUUUGAAGUUAACUCCACACACAUAUGUUGGUGCUGCUGCUGCGUUGGCUUUGGCCGUCGAUGAAGCUCUGCACUUGUGA